AUGGCGUAUCGUAUGACGCAUUAUUCGUUCACAUAUCCAGCUGUUAAUGAUCACACGCCACUAUUUAUUACUGUAUUUUAUGUAGCAAACAGUUUGAUAAAUACACGACCAUUUCCAUCAUGGACAGUUCCCUAUUUAAUUGUAUUAUUGAUUAUUGGAAGUAUUGGUAAUGUUUUGACUGUUAUCUUAUUUUUUCAAAAAAAUUUGCGACAAAAUACGUGUUAUAUCUAUUUUUUCUCUUUGGCACUUGCCGAUGAAGUUGCCCUAUUACUUCCCUCGAUUCGUCGUAUUAUAUGGAUUACGUACAAAUUAGACGUUCGUUCUAUUAACAAUUUUCUAUGUAUAGCUGACGGAUUCUUUACUGGCUAUUCCUCUCAAAAAGCAGCAUGGAUAUUAGCUGUGAUAUCGGUUGAUCGAUGUAUUUCAAUUGUCUGUACUGGCAAAUUGAAAUACACUAUUCGUAAAACAAAAUUUAUUGCUUGUGUUAUUAUCACUGUAACUUUGUUGUUAGUUGUCGUCAAUUUUCCUCAUUUUCUACUUCGAAUUAAUAGUGCAAAACAGUGUCGAGGACAAAUAUCUUUUUCAUUAUCAUAUACUAUUAUCGAUUUAUUUGUAUAUACUGUUUUACCGUUUACAACGAUGAUCAUUUGUAACACAAUAAUAAUACAUAAAAUUCGUACACUUCGACGGAAUUUAUCUGCAUUUAAACUUCAAUCAUCCAGAACACAGGGUUAUGAAAUUCAAUUAACCAUUUCAAUGUUAGCUAUAUCCACAAUGUUUCUUUUUUUACUCUUUCCCUAUUGUUUUAUGGUCGUUUAUCAAGCAGCACUCAAAAGUGGAGAACAUAUAUUUGAAAUAACAGCACUAAUAUCGUACAUUAAUCAUUCAAUUAACUUUUAUCUCUAUCUGAUUGUUGCCGUUAAUAUUCGAAAAGAAAUUAUUAGACUGCUAAAAAAAUUUUGCAAUUAUUUUACACAAUCUGAUGAAUUAAAAACAAUUACAUAA